GAGCUCUCCUCGAGCAAGAUCAGAGUUGUAGGAAACUACACCCUUGGAAAGAUCAUCGGUGAGGGUAUGUCUUCUGGCUCUCACUCCUGUUUUCCUCUCCCUGACACACUGGCGUACGGCAAGGUUCGCUUGGGCACUCACCGUCUCACCUCUACCAGAGUCGCCAUAAAACAAAUACCAAAGGCAACGUCCGCCUCCCUCACCCGCGAAAUACACCACCACCGCCGACUUCGCCACCCUCGUGUCACUCAGAUGUAUGGAGUCAUUGCCACCGAAUCUCACAUCUGGAUCGUCACAGAACUUUGUUGUGGUGGCGAGCUAUUUGAUUAUCUUGCUGAGAAAGGUCGCUUGUCCGAACACGAAUCCAGUAUCAUUUUCGGUCAGCUCGCGCUUGCAGUUGCAUAUCUCCACGAGAAGGGCAUCGUCCACCGAGAUCUAAAGCUUGAAAAUGUCUUACUUGAUGAGCGCUGUCGCUAUGAUCGUGGCGUCUAUAUGGAGACUUUUUGCGGUACUACUGGAUAUGCGGCCCCUGAGAUGCUUCAAGGCAAGCGUUACCUCGGCCCAGCGGUCAUGAAAGACAAGGUCAUUCAAGGCAAAUCUGAAGACCCUGAAUGGCUCUCUACAGACGCCCGUGAUCUGAUCCGUAGCAUUCUCGAGGUUGGCCCUGCCAAGCUCCUCCUUGGUGUCAAUAAUGUUCCUGCAUCCCCAUCACCUGCCCGCGGUACCUUUAUUCUCCCUGUAAAAUCUGUCGUGAACACCCAAACACAGGUGAACGAACUUUCUAUUUCUCUGGCGACAUCGACUACAUCUGAAUCCUUUGACCCUUUCUAUUCUCUGGGAAACGGUAGCCAAACCACAAUCACGGCCGCUGCUCGGCGUUCUCAGCAUCUCAGCAAAGAUAGUAUGACUCGGCAGCCUGACACCGUCAUCGAAGAGGAGCCUGAAUCAGAGGACGUUGUACCAUCCUCUGCAGGGUCGACUACAAACCUCGAUCAGACUCCUAAGGCCCCCCCGUAUCCAACACGUACACCUGCACAUACAAAAUGUCGCUCUGUGUCUUCUAUCCUUUCUGAUUCUGGCUUACCAACACUGGACAAGCCACUGGCCCCUCUCCCGCCCCAAGAUUUUGCAUCACUGCUCAGCAUUCCAGCUCCCAUCAUUUUCUCCACGCCCGCGGAAGGCGACCUUCUCAAUAGCCUCAGUCUACUCGGAUUUGACACUAGUCAGAUUGUGUAUUCUGUUCUCACCGAUGCAUGCGACGCCGCAGGUGCUGUAUGGUGGCAUGGGCUGGGUGGACGGUGGGGCUGUCACAAGCUCAGAACGAGCCAAAAAGAAUGCGCUGGUGGAGCCUUACCUGCCAAAAUCACGGUUUGCACUCUUGGGAAUUGGAGCAAAGGAACAGGAGGUGUUGGAUGA